AUGGCUUUCCUGGAGGGUGAAAACCACACUGCAGUGACCGAGUUCAUUUUAUUGGGUUUAACAGAUGACCCGGUCCUUAAAGACAUCCUCUUCACCAUCAUCCUGUGCAUCUACCUGGUGACUGUGUCUGGGAACCUGAGCACCAUCCUUCUCAUCAGAAUCUCUUCCCAGCUCCACCAUCCCAUGUACUUUUUUCUCAGCCACUUGGCUUCUGUUGACAUAGGCACCUCAUCUUCUGUCACACCCAAUAUGCUUGUCAAUUUCCUUGUGGAGAGAUGUACAAUUUCCUACCUUGGAUGUGGCAUUCAGUUUGGCUCAGCUGCUUUCUUUGGGUCAGCUGAAUGUUUCCUUCUGGCUACCAUGGCUUAUGAUCGUUUUGUGGCAAUCUGCAACCCACUACUUUAUUCAACUAAAAUGUCUGCACAAGUCUGUGUUCAUUUGCUUGUAGGCUCUUAUAUUGGGGGUUUUCUUAAUGCUUCCCUCAUUACUGGCUAUGUUUUCUCUUUUGUCUUUUGUGGACCCAAUACAGUUAAUCACUUUUACUGUGAUCUUGCUCCUUUGAUGGCACUCUCCUGUUCUGAUGUCAGUGUCUCUGGAGUUGUUAUCUCACUUUCCGCAGGCUCAGUCACUAUUACCACACUCUUUGUCAUAGCUAUCUCCUAUUUCUAUAUCUUUAUCACCAUCCUGAAGAUACAUUCCACUGAGGGUCGCCAAAAAGCCUUCUCCACCUGCACCUCCCACCUCACUGCAGUCACUCUCUACUAUGGAACUGUUAUAUUCAUUUAUGUGAUGCCCAAGUCCAGAUACUCCACAGUCCAGAACAAGGUGAUGUCUAUGUUUUACAUGGUGGUUGUCCCCAUGUUGAACCCCCUUAUCUACAGCCUUAGAAAUAAUGAGAUUAAGGGUGCUUUGAAGAGACAGCUUAGUAAAAUACCAUUUUCUUAA